UAUAAAGUGUAUAUAUUGUCUCCUAGUGAUUCAUUUAACCAUUAAGUUUCCUUGUUAAACCAUCACUCAAGAACAAACAACAAAAAAAUGAAGAGAGUUCUUCUCAUAAUUAACUGUUUAUUAUUAGCCUUAGGAAACUCCGGCGGUCCCCUCAUAACGCGUCUCUACUUCAUCCACGGCGGCCACCGCGUGUGGCUCUCCUGUUUCCUCGAAACCGCCGGUUUCCCUAUAAUGAUCCUUCCCCUUACAAUCUCAUACAUCAACCGCCGCCGUCUCCACCUAAGUCAACCACUAUCAACCACCACCGAACCCGCCGCAAAGCUAAAAAUAAUCUCCAUGAAACCUCCUGUCUUCUUCGCCGCGGCUUUAAUCGGAAUCCUCAUCGGCCUCGACGACUAUCUCUACGCAUACGGCGUUGCUCGGCUUCCAAUUUCCACUUCUGCGUUAAUAAUCUCUUCUCAGCUUGGUUUCACCGCGGUUUUCGCUUUUCUGCUUGUGAAACAGAAAUUCACUGCUUUCUCUAUAAACGCCGUCUUUUUGCUUACGGUUGGAGCAGCAGUUUUGGCUUUGCAUACAUCUGGAGAUCGACCUGCCGGUGUUUCUAAGAAGCAAUAUAAUAUUGGUUUUUUCACUACUCUUGCUGCUUCUGCAUUAAAUGGAUUUCUUUUGCCUUCAGUUGAAUUGAUUUAUAAAAAAGCCAAACAAAACCUUACUUAUUCUCUUGUUAUGGAAAUUCAGUUUGUUAUUGGUUUGUUUGCUACUCUCUUCUGCGCCAUCGGCAUGAUAGCAAAUAACGACUUUAAGGUGAUUCCGAGGGAGGCAAGGAAUUUUGGACUAGGGGAAAGAACAUACUAUGUGGUGUUGGUGAUGAAUACCAUGUUUUGGCAAGUGUUUUUCGUCGGCGCAAUUGGAGUUAUUUUUUGUGGGUCAUCUUUAUUGUCGGGUAUUUUAAUUGCUGUUUUUUUGCCGGUAACUGAAGUGUUGGCGGUAAUAUUUUAUAAAGAGAGAUUUCAAGUUGAGAAAGGGGUUUCUCUUGUGCUUUCUCUUUGGGGGUUUGUGUCUUAUUUUUAUGGUGAGAUUGAACAAGAUAAGGAAAAGAAGAAGAAACGUGCUAUGGAGACCGAGAUUGGUCAAAGUCUUGAAGUACUACCUGCUCCAUGAUUGCUAUAGAGGUUGCAGAAUUAUUUAAAUGUGAGUGUUUUGUGUGAGUUCAGGAAAAUGCUUUAAUUGAAUGUUUUUUGAAGUAAAAAGGGGACAUGCAAGUGUAAGUACGGAACAGAUGGAUAGAUACGGAAUAGGGGUGGCCGGGCCCUGUCGGGCUGCCCGCUCACCCGCAAAAAAAUGGUGGGUUGGGUUGGGAUUUUAGGCUCGCCGCCCGCCAAAACCCGCCGCCCGUCAUACCCGCCCCGCCAAAGCCCGCUCCUCCUCCAAAACUUAUUCUUUUUUUUAGUUAAUUCUAGUAAUUGCAAUUCUUGAUGGUUUAUUUUAUACACUUAUUUAUAAAUAUAUGUAAUAUUUUUUAAGUAAAUUUGUUAAAAAAUUACUUUUAUAAAAAAUUGUUUUAAAAAUUAAGUGAAAAGUUUAAUUAAAAGGUAAAAAAAACAUAUUAAUCUAUUAAAAAAUAUAAAUAAGAAAAGGCGGGUAAUCCCGCCGCCCGCCAACCCGCCAUCUUGGCGGGGCGGCCAUGACUUUUAUGCCCAUUUUACUUGGCGGGCAUGCCCGCCCCGCUCGUUUUUUGGCGGACAUUAGGCGGGGCGGGCGACGGGCGGGGCGGGCGGCCCGUUUUGCCACCUCUAAUACGGAACAUAACACAGUACAUUACAAACCUUUCAAAUAUUGGACAACUUUAUGUUUUGUACGAUGUUUAAUAGAAAAUGGACAAGACAAGUAAAAUAAAUUUAAAUUUAUUAAACUACUCUUUAUAAAUGUAAAUAUUAAUAUGAGAGAGAUGAAUCAUGUAUUUUUAAUUAAAAAUAAAAGAAUAUUUUCGUAAUUAAUAUGAGAGAGAAUAUAUUUUUAAUAGAAAAUAAAAUGGUAUUUUUGUAAAUAUUAAUAU